AUGAUUGUCUUAGAUGCACUGUUUCCUGUCGGAUUAUCAACUUUACUAGACGUGAACCUUUCUUUCAAGAUACUUAACGAUGUACAGUCCACCACUGAACGAUCUUCAAGGUCCCUUCAGAUUGAAUCUCAACAUUUUAGGGUGUGCUUGAGUCCCCCUGUCGUUUUCAAAAUUUCAGAGCUAAUAGAUGGCCUUUCCCGAGUAAUCAAGAUGCAUGAGGGUCUGUUGAGCAAAAUUAGACCAAGACGCGACGAAAAGGAAGGUAGUAAGGAAGCUGUUAUUUUGUCAUCAAAAACACGGAAAAUGCACUUUUCAUCCGUUCAUGUUUUGUCCUACAACUUCUGUAUUGGAUGGCUUUUUGGUACACCCCACAAAGAUUACCCAGGUUUUAUUCUCGGCACAGAACGAUUUUUUGCGGUUUUAAAGGCAGAUUUGGGAAAGUUAUCUUUGAUGGAGGGAUACUUGUCAGUUGCCAAUGGAACUACAGCUUCAAGUUUCUACAGCACGCUGUCGGAAUUUAAUAACCUUAAUCGCGCCUUCAUGCCUAAGAUGCAAUUAAAUUACAUUGUGACAGAUAGUGAGAGUUUAUGGUUCAGUCUCAAAGGUGACAUUUUGGAUGUUAGGUUUAUGUCCAAUUCCAUCAUUGUCAUAGAGCGUGCGAUUGAAUCUGUUGCAACAGUACAAAAAUACUAUGAUGAUAGGUCAAGGACGCAACGGAGAAGAAGAGAGCUCAUGACAGAACUCAAGGCUGAGAACAAGAAAAAAGAAAAUAGCAGGUGCUCACGUGCAUUUAAGAAGAUUCAAGUCACUUCCAAGUUUGCAGGCGCCAAGGUAUUUGUUUAUCGUUUGCAAGAAGAAGAUGAUGUCACUGGAUCUCCCCCAUCUUUAUCGUUACAUUCACCUGCAGUUCUGAUAGCAGUCUUUUACAAAUACACCAAGAAACUGAAGAGGAGUCAUACAGUUAAGAUCGAGAUUUUGAUGUCUCAAUCCGAUAACACGUUAUACUCUUCAUGUGUGCCUAUUUUGAUGGAUGUUAUUGAUGCAUCAAAGCUGAUGUUCCGCACAUCCAAGCCCAACAGCGAUACUGAGAACCCAAAGGUUUCAAAUGAUCAAAACUCAACUGAACCAACUGGUGGAGGACUGAACGAGAGCAUUGCGAAAAUGCUCAACGAUAUUAAUUUCCAGUUUGGCUUCAUUGUGGAAAAACAGAGGUUUUCCUUGAGUUGUGAGCCAACUGCAAAAGUGGCAGCGGUUGUGGUCUUUGAUGGGGCAUCGAUUGUUGCAUGCACAGGAAUUGAAACUGUUAGCUCUAUCUAUGUCAUUGCGCAGGUAGAUCCCAUUGCAGCUUCCUUACAACACAUUUAUUCAGACGAAAGAAGUGGAUUUGUGGAGAUCAAUAAUAUUAUGUUCUCCAACGUUAUAAAGCUCCAUCCGUCCAUCGAAAUUGUCUCAUCCACCUCGAUAACGGACAUCGACGGAUAUAUCAAGAUGAAGCAAUACCAGGAUCUUGAUUUAUUCAAGGACAUAUGGUAUCCUAAGAAGUACCAUACACGGACACCUAGCGUUACAAACGAGGUGGACUUGGCGGGGGCUAAAAGCACGUACACAAAAUUCAAAGAAGUUUCAUCCACGUAUGCCAUUCCGUUUUGGCUUACGAUGCUCAUUUCUAAUUUUUCGUUAGAGGUUGAUUUUGGUGCAGCAUUGGGUACUGUAACUUUAGACGUUGACCGCGCUUGGGCGAUCUCAAGAAAAUCAUCUGACUGGCUUUAUGAGCUUAAACUCGGUUUGCAAACUUUGGAAGUGGGUUCUCAAGGUCGUUUGGGUGGCUAUGUCAAAGUAGAGCGUCUUUUUGUCACAUCAUCAGUGGAAUGGAAGCUCAAAAAGAUUCCGCUACUAGAAAUUCCAUUAGUGCAUUUGGCAGGAGGGGUAGAGUCUCUCCAAUUGAAGGCAGCAUUUGAUAAUCACCAUUUUGCAUUCUUUAGCUUAGAGGGAUUCAGAUUGGAUGCCUUCAAUCGAAAAAAUGGUAUUAAUAUUUCGAAAGAUCAUCUUUUUGUGCUCAUCAAGUACGACAGUGCUGACGUUAUGUUAACCUCGCUUGCUGCCUCCGAAUUCUACGACAUUUACAAUACAGUGUCCAGAAUGAUGGAAGAAAACAAAACGUCGUACACGGAGAUUUUGAAGGAUUCCAACAAAGAUCAUCUCAUGGAAAACGAAUCGCGUAAUCGUAUUCUUGAGGUGGUGAAGAAGCUUGAGACCAAAAUAGAAGUCAGCACUGGUUUCACAAGGUUCCAAGUUUAUCCGCAGUCGUUUGACGACACACGGACCCUUGUAAUCGAUGUUGAUAAGUCCAAAGCCAGUUUCUUACAGAACGAGUACAUUUCCGGAGUGGCUAAUGAGAUCGAAAUCCGACUUAGUAACGUCAACGCAUCUUUGGCGACCACACUGGGAAUAGCAAGCGAGUCCAUCCCCCAAUUCAAAGUACAAGAAUUCAUUGAGAAUGCUCGCAAGGCCUCUGGAGGCAACAUCUUGGCGUUUCCAAAGUUCAUGAUAUCGAUGAGGACAUACCAAAAGUAUAACAGCAACAUAGUGGAGUACCUUUUCCAGUCUUCUUUCGGAGGCACAGUGGAUAUCCGGUGGAACUUAGGGUCUGUGAAUCUCGUGAGGGAAAUGUACGCUGUUCACAAAAAAGCCUUGCUUUCUCGGACAGAUUAUACUCACGAGAGAGCAGGAAGCUUACAAGAAGAAACCAGCAUAGUCAAGAAGCUCCCAGAGCAGCCAAACGAAUUGCCCUCAAAAGAAGAUCUCAGAAAAGACAUUGAGAAGAGUUUUGAGCGUGUUUCGAAGGAUAGCAAGUAUGUCUAUGUUCCAUUGGCACCACCGAUUAUUGAAACCCCACGGUUGAAAGAAUUGGGAAAUGCCACACCGCCGCUAGAGUGGUUUGGAUUGCACCGCAACAAAUUCCCCGACGCUACACACGAGUAUGCUAUUGUUUCGAUGCAGAAACUCAUCCAACAGAUCGAAGAGCAGUACUCCAAGGCACUCAGCACGACAUAA